AUGGAUUUUGAGGCAUUAAAAGAACAAUGGGGCGAGGUUGAGGAUCGAGAUGGUGUUCGCCUGAGCUGGAAUGUCUUCCCUAGCUCUCGCAUGGAAGCGUCCCGCCUCGUCGUGCCUAUUGGGGCCCUUUAUACGCCGCUUAAGGAGAAGCCUGAGACGCCUCUGCUUCAGUUUGAACCAGUGACCUGCAAACAGCCUUGUCGUGCUGUAUUGAAUCCUUUCUGUCAAGUUGACGUUCGGGCCCGUCUCUGGAUCUGCCCCUUUUGUUUGUCGCGAAACCCCCUCCCGCCGCACUACAAGGAUAUUACGGCCAAUGCUAUUCCGCCUGAGCUACACAACUCAAACACCACCAUCGAGUACCGCCUUUCAAGACCUGCCCCAGCACCCCCAAUUUUCCUCUAUGUGGUAGACACAUGCCAGGAAGAUGAUAGCUUGGCGGCUCUCAAGGAAUCCUUGGUGAUGAGUCUUAGUCUCUUGCCUGAGAACGCUCUUGUCGGAUUGAUCACCUUCGGCACUAUGACCCAAGUUCAUGAGAUUGGCUAUACCGAAUGCGCGAAGUCAUAUGUCUUCCGGGGCAGUAAGGAUUACCCUGCGAAACAAGUGCAAGAGAUGCUCGGCCUCCUUUCGCAAAAUAUGCGACCAGGCAUGCAACCGCAACAGCAGCAAGGCCGCCCCAUACCGACAGGGCCUGCCUCCAGGUUCCUACUUCCUGUUCAACAGUGCGAGUUUCAAUUGACGAAAGCAUUGGAACAAUUGCAAAAGGAUCCUUGGCCGGUGGCCGGUGACAGACGGAGCCUUAGAUGUACCGGAGUUGCCCUUAGCGUGGCUGUCGGUCUUCUUGAAUCAUCGUUCCAAAAUGCUGGAGGGAGAAUCAUGCUGUUCGCGGGUGGGCCUGCCACCGAAGGGCCAGGAAUGGUUGUUGGACCUGAGCUCCGAGAACCUAUUCGUUCUCACCAUGACAUCGACCGCGAUAAUAUCAAAUAUUAUAAAAAGGCCCUGAAGUUUUACGAUAAUCUCGCGAAGCGGACCGCCCAUAACGGGCAUAUCAUUGAUAUCUUCGCUGGGUGUCUCGAUCAAGUCGGCCUCCUUGAAAUGAAGGGUCUCUGUAACUCAACCGGAGGUCACAUGAUCCUAACGGACAGCUUCACUUCAUCAAUGUUUAGGCAGUCCUUUGUUCGCGUCUUUGAAAAGAUGGCGAUGAUAAUCUCCUCAUGGGCUUUAACGCGGUACUGGAGGAUAGCUGUUUUCAAGGCGGAGGUUGACGACGGCCCUGAUGUUCUCCGAUGGGUAGAUAGGAUGCUUAUCAGGCUUUGCUCUAGAUUCGCUGAUUAUCGCAAGGAUAACCCAACCUCGUUCCGCCUCGAGAAGAACUUUACUCUCUACCCUCAGUUUAUGUUUCACCUACGACGCAGCCAGUUUCUUCAGGUGUUUAAUAACUCUCCAGAUGAAACGGCCUUUUAUCGACACGUUCUCAACCAUGAAGAUGUUGGGAACUCCCUUGUCAUGAUUCAGCCCACCCUUGACUCCUACACCUUCGACCAAGAGGGUGGCCGACCAGUCCUUCUUGAUUCAACCUCUAUCCAGCCGACGCAUGUAUUACUUCUCGAUACCUUCUUUCAUAUCCUCAUAUUCCAUGGCGAGACAGUUGCAGAAUGGAGAAAGGCGGGCUAUCAAGAUCAAGAAGGCUACGAAAAUUUUGCAUCUCUCCUCGAGCAGCCGAAGGAGGAUGCAAGAGAUCUGAUCACCGACCGAUUUCCGCUGCCCCGCUUCAUCGUCUGUGAUGCUGGUGGAUCUCAAGCGAGAUUCCUUCUCUCCAAGCUUAAUCCGUCGACCACCCACACGUCAGGUGCCUACGGCGGCGUUGGUGCACAAAAUGCUCAAACAAUAUUUACUGAUGACGUAUCGCUUCAGACCUUCAUGGAGCAUUUAAUGAAACUUGCCUUCGAUCCUAACGAGGUUAAGGUUAUGUAG